AUGAUAGUUUCAGAGUUAAUGGAAGAAAAUGCGAAACUUUUAAAUCGAGUUAAUGAAUUAGAAAUUCAACUUGAAAAAUUAAAGUUAGAAAAGAAUUCUAUUCAGGAUAAGUUGAAUAAAUUAACUGAAUUAAAUAAGUUAAAUGAUGUGAAGGAAUUAAAUGAGUUGAAGGAGUCGAAUGAGUUAAAGGAGUCUAAGAGUGAUCAGAAUGACGAUAAUAAUAAGGAAAAGGGAUUAACGUUAAAAGAAUAUUUGAGAUAUGGUCGUCAGUUAAUUCUUCCAGGUUUUGGAAUUUCGGGACAAAUUAAAAUCAAAAAUUCAUCAAUUUUGGUUGUGGGGGCGGGAGGUUUAGGAGCACCGGCAUCAAUAUAUUUGGCAGCAGCGGGAGUUGGUACAAUUGGUAUAAUAGAUUAUGAUGAUGUGGAAAUUUCUAAUUUACAUCGACAAAUAAUUCAUAAUGAAUCAAGAGUUGGUAUAUCUAAAGUUCAAUCCGCUAAGAUGACAAUCGAAGGAUUAAAUUCAGAUUGUAAUUGUAUCGCGUAUAAUAUGGUUUUAGAUAGUUCGAAUGCUUUGGAUAUAAUUAAAAGUGGGAAACCAUUAGUAUCAGGAAGUGCAUUACGUAUGGAAGGUCAAUUAGUGAUAUAUAAUUAUCGAGGUGGACCAUGUUUUCGGUGUUUAUUUCCUAAACCUCCUCCACCCGAAACUGUUAUGAAUUGUUCUGAUAAUGGAGUCAUGGGAGUUGUUCCUGGUGUGAUUGGAUGUUUGCAAGCUUUACAAGCAAUUAAAAUUAUCGCUGAUGUCAACGGAAGCUUUAAUGAUUUACUUUUAUUCUCGGCCACUUCAUAUACUAUCUUUAAAUCAAUAAGAUUAAGACCCCGAAAAUCGAAUUGUGCAAUAUGUGGUGAAAAUCCUACCAUAAAAACUUUACAAGAUUAUAUUCAAUUUUGUGGUAGUGGUCCAUUGGAUAAGACUUAUAAUGAAAUACGUUUAAAGAAAAUUCCUCAUAUUCUUAUUGACGUGCGAGAACCUGUACAGUAUGAUAUUUGCAGUUUACCUGAUUCCUGGAUAUAUGUAGUUUGUCGUUAUGGUAAUGAUUCUCAACUUGGAGUUGAUAUUUUGAAAAAUAUAACAAAAGGGGAAUAA